AUGGUCAAGACAAGCAGUAGUACCAACAGUCACCAUCCUCCACGUCCUCAACAGAACCACAAUACGGUAUCAAAGCGAAAACUCUUCCAGCAUGUCGGGAAACAGACAUCAGAACUGAUUUCAGCCGAGGCUUUACAGCCAUUGGUACUCAAGCGACCACGCCCAUCGGAAAAGGAAUACGAGAAAAAGAGUCGACCCGACCCUGUGGGAGAUCAUAUGACGAGGAUAUUGAACUCCCAUCCUCACUUCCGUUUUGAUCCCACUAGCAGGGGCCGGAAGGAUGGUGCUCGAAAGGAUUCCGAUGAACAUUUCACGUUAGUUCCGCUCUUGUGCACAAGAAAUUGGAGGGUUCUGAAGCGCAAAGUUUGGCAAAUUCGACAAACAAAGCCUCUGUCCUUGGCACUUUCGAUUGUUGGUUUUGUCUACGAAAAGGCGCCCAAUCGAGAGAACUUGUUGGCCACAUUGAGCCGAACAAUGCUGCUAUUAGGGGCCCUUGUCAUUGCUGGACUUGCCAUGGUGGCUGCGGUCACUCACGUAGCUCUCAUGUGGUGUGGUAACGAAUUACUACUUUUAUCGAUUCAAUUAUCAACAAUUCUCAUUGACUGGAAAGAUCUGGAACGUCACUGUCCACCCAAGUUGAUCAAACUGCUCAGCAUUCUGCUGGCCAUUGCCCGGUGGUUUGACAAGCACGUGUUUCUAAGGAAUCGAUUUGCUGGGCGUGAAUGGAAUAAGGAGGAGUUUGAGUUUACAGACACAAUGGUGGCUCAGAGUAGACACGUACAACUCUGGAACAUGCCUCCGCCUUGUAUCAAACAGGCUGGAAAUCAGCUCUGUUUGGAUUCAAGAUACAUGGUCCGAGAAGAAUGGAGCCAGUCAACCUCCAAGCACAUCGUCGCUAUAAAUUUCACCUAUCUGAUGCUUCAAGAGGACUACAAUCGCAAACGAGCUCGGCGUUCGACAGUCUUUCAUCAACGCAACCCAUCACCGCUAGAUGGACCCUUGAAUGCUGUUUCGGAAACACAGUCCGAAGAAGAUGACUAUCGCAGUGGUUUCCCAGCAGAUAACAACCAAACGUCGGCUACAGUUGGAAGGCACAACAUUGUGGGCCUAACAGCGCCCAGCAGUCCAUCUGGAGGUGGUGGUAUUGAGUUGGUCCGCGAUAGUGUACGGCCGCAGCCUCAGGAACCUAGCCUGGCCAUGUCACCUGCCGGCAGACAUGAAUACAACCGAAACAACAACAACACGCUCGGCAACAGGUACAUCAUGCUUGCUGAAACGGCAACCAACGAAAAGUCAUUGGACAGUCCUUCUUCGGGAUCGUCGGCGGCGUCAGUUUCCUCGGCAGUAGUGGCUGAUAUGAAUUGGGUAGACAUUUCCGCAAAAAUUGGAAUGCGAGUGCUGAAUUCAACACACUUACAACGAGUCGUAGCCUCUCAGGAAGCUGCAGAGAGAAUCAAGAAUAUCACAGACAAGUUUGUGGCCAGUCCGAGAGAAGGCGGCCAAACGCCAACCUUUGAUUUUGCUGGCCCAGCUGACAUUCAAUCUUUGAUAUCUAUGGCUGGUUUGAAGAGGCCUGCCGCCCGAAGGACUCCCACUCGCCCAGUACACUCCAUGUGGACAUCUGCUGCUGUUGCAGGUGCCCUCAGUGAUGAAGAGAAUUCAGCUGCGUCCCCUCGCAACUACAGCAGGAACAAUCACAAGGACAGCAACAACAGCAGACCAUCGAGUGUUGUCAGCAGUGAAGGCCCCCCUGCACCACCCUCGAUCAUUCGGACACAACGCCUUCAAGAAACUUCACCAAUGUCAAUGCUUCAAGGUGCUGAUGACGCGCCUCUGAAACUGCACUCGAGAUCGCCAGUGACUAUUGGAAAUGUAAACUCCCUGGGCACUGAAGUGAUUCGGGAUGCAUCGAUGUUAAGCCACCUGGAGAGCCAAUCCUACGAGCUUGAGCAUUUGGUAACAUACGAGUUCACUCUGAGUACUGCAGGCGAGGACAAAGCAGCCCGUAGUUGCUUGCAUCCGCAACGACAGCCUCUGGCUCCUGGGGUCAAAGUUGCAGCCCCAAUGUUUCCGCAUCAGCCUGGAUUGAAAAGAGUCGGCCGCUCUAACUAUCAGUUGGCUACGGUGGUGUCCAGCAAAAGGGUUUACGUGGAUCCAACCGGUAGCCGUGCUGCAUCAGAAGACGUGGGGACUACAAACUGUUUGUCUGUGACAUGCAAAAUUGACAAGUCCUUCCUCCGCAAUGGUGAAUUUGCAGAACUGACUUUCAGGGUCAUGGAUGAGUGGAGCUCCAGGUACAUGCCCAAACACUCCGAGGUGCCGAUUGGGGCCUGCGUUGCGACAACUUACGGGGCUGGAGUUGUUGUAGGUUGGCGUGUGGAAGAUGACUGUCACGUAGUUCGAUCGCUUUGGCAACGACGAGGAAAUGGGGCUGCCCACGCAUAUCUCAAUCGUUCCUGCAUCCAAGGAGUCCUUGAAGCGUCGGUGGGUUUCGAAGUUCAAACAAAGUGCGGAUCAGGCAAGGUGCUUGGGUAUGUGGAUGCUGGACGAAACUUUCAAAAUGGACGCUACAUCGUUACCCUGCAAGAUGACGGGGUGUAUAAGAACUGUGUUGUUGCGCUCAAUCGUGAAGACGUUCAUUCCUGUUACGGUGCUCAGUUCCGACCCGUCAUCGAGCACAUUAAAGAAGCAUGUGACUACCAAAUCAUGCUGGACAAUUACAAAGCAGUGGUGAGGCAGCAACAGUUCUACAAUGAUGGAGACCCCAACUCGAAUGAUCACCUUUGGAAGUUCUGGACUGAGAAUCUGGACGUCCUCUGGAAGAGCUUCCUGAAAGCUGUUGAAGAUGACGAGUUUGACUUCAUGAGCAACUUUAUGACUUCAAUCAUUGAGUUCUUGGAGCGCCUUGAUCGCCCUCCACCUUCUAAGGCUUCCAUCGAAGGGGGCGAAUCUGGAGAUAGCUCGUCGUCGUUGAUGGAAAGAGAUGAUGCCUCUUAUGUCACCUUAUCUGGGCAGGGAAGCUCCAUGUCAGAUGGACAGGAAGACAACGAUGCCAGCAUCUGGAUUCUGAACGACAUGUUGGGUGGUGUAUUUCCUGCGCCUCAAAGUAGAAGGUCUUCAGCUAUCACUGCUGAUGACGAGCGCUCACAAGUGUCUACACACAAGAGAUCUGAAGUCAUUGAUGCGGGCGAGGAAGAGAGUACUGAUUCCUAUCAGCAUGCAUUUGCAGUCAUUCGAAUAUUGAUGAGGACAGUGUCCCUAGCAAGAGCCGCCAGUGAUGGUCAACCUCAGUUCAGGCUAGCCAUGGAUCUGUGCCACGAGUUUUUGAUGUUCUUGCGAACAAUUAUCAAAGUGCAACAGAAAAAUGUUAGCCCGCAAUCUCUCAGGAUUUGGCGAAGCUCGUUGGAGGAGAUCAAAUCGACCUUCUUACCCAUAAAAGAUCGUGUGGAGAAGGUUGGCCGAGGGAUUGCUCAACGAAUGGAACAGCAAGGCAGGAAAGCUAAGAUUAGAGUCAUGCGAUUUGCAGACUCGAUCCUGGCGGACGAAGCGUUCUUUAAUGGACUAUGUGAGGGUGAUUGGAAGAACUGCCUUCUCCGCAUUGAAGACUCCUUGGUCAAGGCAACAAUCAUUGACCCUGAUAGCCAUGUUCACUUGCGAAAGACAGCCAUGUUUAUUUACGAGCACUUGGUCAGAAUGUCUUCAAACGAAACUGGCGCAGCUGAGCGCAAUAACGAAAAGCUGGCACAGUUGGCCAAGUUUAUACAGCUGCUAGCCGCUCCCAAACGUUCAUUGCUGAAACUUCUGCGGAAAGGCGACGUUCUCGAAGUGCUUGAGAGAAUUCUUGUUCGGGUGUUUUGUCGAGAGGAGGUUGCGUCACGAAUGUUGACGAUACACGCUUCCAAUUUUCAUUCCUUGCGGCAUCUCAGGAUACUGAAAGAUCUUUCAGUAGCUGGCCGCCUGUGGAUUCCCUUGCUUGAUGCGGCAGACGAAGAGUUCUCUUACGUCGUAUCGCAGAUGCCAGAAAAUGCUAAGGAAUUCAUGUGCCCCCUUUCCAGCAUCUUCUCUCUUUGCGUUGCACAGUUCCACAAGAUUAGCGCAGGAAACUCCAAUAAGGACUGGCUUGAUUUCCUUCUGGAAUAUGACGCUUGUCGAAUCAUCCACGAGCUCGACACAAAGUUGAUCCUUGCGUUGUCGUCGUUCUCUCGUGAUGUCAAAGCGAUGAUGGCACAUGUCCCCUAUUACCCAAGCAUCGAUGACGACAUUCUGAAUCUCAUCGACGGAGUCGAAAUUGACAAGCUCUUGAGAGAGGCGUCUGAAGCCAUUGACGACGCCGACAAACUUGCAGAUUUCAUUCGAGAGAAAGCUUCCACCGCAAUAGAGCGCUUUGUGGCCUACCUGCCUAAACUUUCGAUUCCAGUGGAACGCCGCGACCUUGGCGACGGCUGGGUUCUUACCUGCCAUGGACAAGACGGGGGUGAUCUUACGCUGUCCGAUGUCAAAGUGAAACGCGAGAAUCUAGUCUGCCAAGUCAUGGGUGGAGACGCCCUCUUCUUACCCAUCUUUGGCGAGGAUGAUGCUGACUUGUCGGUAGAUGCUUCUGCUGCAACCUUGGUGUCUGCAAGCGACAACUCAGAAUCAACUGAUCGGGUCGAGGAGUCGAUACUGGAUCACAUCCGCGAAAUGAUCCUACAAGCCAAGCGCCAUGGUGCUUGGAGAGUUGGCAUUGGUGGGGUUGGAGAGCAACCAACGGAUAAGUACGUGGCGAGCGUCCUGGGCGGACUUCCCAUAACAUCGGUGUUGAGCUGUGGCAUAGAUCUCUGGCGUAACCUUGAAAUCGAUGACGACGAGUUACUCGAGAUUGCCAUACGCGACGUUUCCUACCAGAUCCAGCUACACAAAGAAUUGGAGGAGAAAAAGAGCGCGGACGACGGCGACGCCGAGACGCCUGUUGACGAUUUGUCGUGGGGAAGGACCUCUCCUAUAGGGAUGCCAUCUUCGCUGUCGGGAUCCGAUAGCGUCGAAGAAAACCGAAACCGAUUCAACCCUCGAGUCGACCCAACUGUUCUCCUGCUGGAAAUGAAAAAUUUGACACUCCAUUUGGAGCGCUUUCGAUUUAGAAUCGAAAAGGGAGAGAAACGAACAAUCUUCGACCCUGUGUUUGAGGGUUGCGGAGCUGUCUCGAUCGAUAACGUGUGCAUUCUUCUCCGUGUUGAGUGUGCUCGAGAACGAAUUGGCAACGUGGGUUCUGAUUCCGUUGCUCCCGUCUUGAUCCUUCGAGAACUGGAGGUUGGGAUCGAAAACGUCCGCCUAAAGGUGGAAGAUACUGGGGUUGAUUGGUUGCUGAACAAGGCAGUCAAAGGCUUCUCUGAAAACAUUACAAAUGUGGUCAAAACAAAUCUGAAAGAGCAGAUUCAGGAACAAACGACAGCAGCAAUAGAGCAGCUGAAUUCCUAUUUUGUUGUCAACCAGGACAUCUUUUUGAAUCUGCUGGGCAUUUCACUGGAUGAUCUGGAGGAACACAUUAAAUGGGUUUGA